CCUUAUCGGCCCGGAGAUUAUGCCACAUUAACGCGAAAAUAUUUAGGAUCAUUAUAUUGGUCAACGCUCACAUUAACGACCAUUGGUGAUCUACCGACGCCAGAGACUAAUGCCGAAUACAUAUUUACUAUAGUAAGUUACUUAAUUGGAGUCUUCAUCUUCGCAACAAUUGUAGGACAAGUUGGCAAUGUGAUAACUAACCGAAAUGCUAACAGACUAGAAUUUGAACGACUUUUAGAUGGAGCCAAGACUUACAUGAGGCAUCAUAAGGUGCCUGGUGGAAUGAAGCGGAGAGUGUUGAGGUGGUACGAUUACUCGUGGUCCAGAGGACGAAUACAAGGAGGAGGAGACAUCAAUACAGCUCUCGGUCUGCUUCCAGAUAAACUCAAAACUGAGCUAGCCUUACAUGUCAAUUUAACCGUUUUGAAAAAAGUAACAAUAUUCCAAGAGUGCCAACCGGAAUUCCUGAGAGAUUUGGUCCUGAAAAUGAAGGCCUACAUAUUCACGCCGGGCGAUUCGAUAUGCAGGAAAGGUGAAGUGGCGAGAGAGAUGUUCAUCAUCGCCGACGGAAUCCUUGAGGUUAUCAGCGAGCACGGCAAAGUGCUCACGACGAUGAAAGCCGGUGAUUUUUUUGGAGAAAUCGGAAUCCUGAAUUUGGACGGAUUGAACAAACGAACAGCUGACGUACGCUCUGUAGGAUACUCGGAAUUGUUCUCCUUAUCGCGCGAAGACGUUUUAAACGCCAUGAAAGACUAUCCCGAAGCGCAGGAAAUCUUGCAAGCUUUAGGACGAAAAAGACUCAUGGAAGUCAAAGCGUCUGCACGCCAGCCUCCUCACAAAGAACAUCAUCACGGUCAUGGUCACGGUACCGAAAAGGGAUUGGUUGACAAAAUCAAAAGUGAAGCUAAGGGCCUAAGGAAUGCUUUAAAGAAAUCUAAAACUCAUCGUAGAUCCGAAGAGUCCUUGGAACUGCAACCACUCCAUCCGCCCAACCACAACAACAAGGCGACAUUGAAGAGGAUGUCCAGGGUGAAAUCGCACGACCUUAGCCAGGAAGAGGGAGAAAGGAGGGAAACUAGUGCCUGCGAGCCGGUCAUUUCACCCAUAGGUGCCGGUCUUCCACUUCUACAAAGAUUAAAAUUGCUCAAAGAGAAGCAGGAUAACGAAGAAAGAGGAAAACGUGUCUCAUCGCCUACAAUGUUGUCGCCAACGUCUUCCAUGCUACGUUCACCACCUCCGAUCAGCGAUGAAACGAUAGGAGCCGGUUUGCCUCUUCUUCAGCGGAUCCUGAUGCUCAAAGCCAAGGAGGAUAAAGCGAAAGCUGGAGCUAAACCCGUGACAUCAUCGACUAAAAGCGUCACGGGGCAGCUGUUCAGUGGAAUGAGCUUGGGAAAAGCGCCUUCACAAAACCAACAAAUGACGCCCUUGUUGAACGCCCUCACCGGAAGAACGUCAAUUUCCGGUCCGACGAAGGGUCCUUUGUCGAUAGUUACUUCCAAAGCAGCUGCUCCGGUUAAACUACUCAAUAAUAAAAUUUCCUUUAGAGAUAGAAUAAAACUGGCAACCGGUGCAAAAGAAAAAGAUCCCAGCAUCAAAGAAACUCUCCUAAAAGACAGUGACUUGUCGUCCAUAAUAGACACUACCUUAGUGAGAUUAGUGCCCCAGCAACCGUCCAAUGACAAUAACCAACAAACCGUUGACGCAACAAAAAUAACAAUUACGACGUCAACAACAACAGCAACCCAAACUAUCAAUUCAAACGUAAUCCCAAGUGCGGUCGAAAAUAAUAAUAAUCCGAUUAACGGUAGUGAUACGGCGAACAAUAAAACUUGCAGCGAACUCGAAAAAAUCGACAGUAACGACAAAAACGAAGCCCACUGGUCGAAACUAAAAAAAGCGGCCAUUUCGAAAGACGUGGAAUCCUCCAGUCCCCUGACGGCGUCAAAGGAUGCUAGUCCUGACGAUUGCGCGAGUACGGAUGAUGUCGAAAUAACAACAACAGCUGUUACGACAGAAAAGCCAAAACCGAAGCCUAAUUUAUUCCUAUCGAGAAGGACGAAACAUUACAGAUCCAUCGACGAUCUAUCGCCCGAAUAUGGGCCCCUCCCUUUCGUAAAAAAGCUCAAAAUCCUCAACGAACGACAAAAGUUGGAGGAACUCGAACUGGUCAUGAAGACCAGGAGCUUCUCCUUGGACAUACCCGAUAAUCAAAGCAUUGACAGUGACACUCUGACUAGGUCUCACUCCGAGGGGUCCAGUAUGCACGAACAAAAGAAGUCGGAUAAGAAUUUCUUGACGACGCCGCUGGCAGCCAGUCCGUUGCAUUCGUCCAACGAGUCCAACGAGACGUUGGAGAGGAGAAAUUUGAAGUCGAUUCUGAAGAAGUUGUCCGAGGAUACCAAGGAAAAGGAAAUCAAGGAAGCGGCCACUAUGCCGGAGAAGAUCGAUUCCACUGAAUUCAAGCGAUUAAUGAGGGCUCCAACAAUAGAGGGAUACGCUGCCAGACACAGUAAGUUAUCGAAAAGCGUGACCUUUAACAGGGAUACUCUACAGAGUCCUCCGAAUAGCGCGACGUUGACAGGCGAGACUCAGCAAAAUUUAUUUCCCAUCGUUGGUACACCUUUAGAUAAUUGUUUGGACGAACCGGAACAGAACAACCAAAUAGAAAUAGAAAACCAGAUCGUGCCUAAUAAAGCGAAUCACCAAGUUAAACUUCACAAAGGUUCCUUAGAAGACGAACAGCAAUAUUUCGCGGACAUCUUGAUGGCCAUUAAGCAAGUAAUGAGCGCUCAUCUCCACGAGAUACAGGGAAAGUACCAGCAAAAAUUCGAAAAGUUGGAGGAGGAAGUCAGGACUAAAGACGAAAUUAUUACGCAACUCCAAGCACAUAUCUCUGAGUUGGAGCAAGCCAACGAAGAUUCCUUUACUCCGAGCGAUUCCCUAGAUACGGUAAUUAGUAGAGAAAGGCAAUCUUGGGAGGAUCCAUCCCACGACGAACAAGAAGAAUUAGAAGAACUACCCCGUCCAAUUCAUGCAUGGUCUUCUUCUUCUUCCCUUCCUCCGCAUAAUGUAGUUUUGGACAUCGACUCAACGACAGAUACCGAAUCGAAUGCAGGAGAGACAUCGGAACCCGAAGAGACCGAAGACGAUGACGGCGAAUACGAAAACUCGAGCAAAAAUUGGGAAAUUGAACUGUUGGCAGCACAAAUGCGGGAACGGCGGUCCGCCAGCUUAGAUCAAACGUCCGGCAGACCGUUUCUGAAGAAACGUUUCGUCAAGGGCUCGUCAAUGGACCACGAUUGAUAUUUAGUUUUAUUGUAUCGUGAUAAGUAUCUAUUAAUGACACGGUUCAUUUUCGUUAAAGACAAACAAAAAAAACACCACAAAGUCGUAGAAUAAGUCGGAAUUUUUGUGAUUUUUAUUUUUUCCAUUUUUGUAUAAUAAAAUGAUUGUAAAUGCGAUAAGAAAUGAAAUUGGGACGGUAUUCGAUAAAAUUGGUACAAAAACGUUAUAGAAUCGAUAAAAUAGAUAAAAAAACGAUAAGAACAAAUUAAUGAUAAAAAAACUACAAAAAUGUCAAAAAAGUCAGAAAUCGAGACACCAAUGGAAAUAAAAUUACAUCAUAAUAAUUUUAUCAAUAUCCAUUUUUCAUACUUUUUAAGAAAUUUAAACAAAUUGUACGGAAUCGUAGAAAGACCGUAAAAUAUGUUUUUCUCACAAAUUUUUAAAAUAAUACUUGCAACUCAAAAUAAUAUAUUAUUUUGAGAAUGAUUUUCCUGACUCGUAACUCAGAAAUAUAGAAUUUUUCGAUUUACAACUAAGAUAAAUAAAGAAAUCGAUUUUUCUAACUUGAAAAUCAAUAUAAUAAGUUAUUUCGACUUAGAACUCAGAUAAAUUAAUGUUUUACCUCAAAUUCAGAAAAAUAGUUCAUUACCACUAAGAAUCUC